AUGAGUGCCAACUGGCCGGAGAGCGAGGUGGCUUUGAAGGGGGGACGUCAGACCCACCCGCAGCUCCCUUCGGAAGCACCCCGGGGACCGAGACUAAAGGUGCCCCAGUGGACGGAUGGGAUUUGGAUUGAGCCUCUGGCCGUGCUUAUGCUCGGGACGUACCCUUCUUGCAGCUACCUGGAGGCGUUAAGGUCGGCAUUGAACAGCAAGAGGACGAGCAGGAGGCCUGAGGCAUGGGUCGGUACGCAUGAGCCAUCACCUUCUUCUCAAAAUAAGCCCACGGUCCAAUUAAAAGAAAUUAAGACUGCUGUCGCGCCAGUUGUCUGCACCGACAGCCAGUGGGGAGGGAUGGAGGAAGGUGUGAUUUUAGCCGUCCGUUUCUUUCUCGGUGCCAGUGCCUGCCUGAACCGCAGGGUGAUUACCCAAACACCUGAUGCUUAUGCAUGGGGGCACCGUACGGUGUCUGUAAUGGCCCUAAGUUAUGAACACGCAUGGCACGGGGGCUGCUCCAAUUGUAACACUUUACUUCUGGCAGCCUUCAACUCCCACCAGAUUAGCAGCGCCUGUAAUGCUUGUGACUGCCAAAUUAGGCCAUCUGUAAACACUAAAACUUGCAAGCUCUCACCAAAUUCAUGGCAGUCAUGCUCGGGAAGGCCACCUCCUGUUUCACCUGCGGUGAUGUCUGUUGGAAAGUUAAAAUACCCGGUGGCUAAUAUCACAGUCUAUGAGAGCGUGUGCCACUGUCUGAGUACGCAAUAA